CAUUCUGAAUAAAAACCUCUCUAGGGUUUUUCGCUGCUUUUUAUUUCUUUCCAAACACACUUAUUUUAUUUUCCUCUAAAUAAAAGCUUGAGAAACAAUAAAUCUUUCACACUGUGAAAAAAUGACUUUUGUGAAACGUGCUUUCAGUCAAGCUUCCAGAGCUCUCAUGGCGGCCUCCAACACCUCCGCCAUCGUCGUCGCACCUAAGCAAGGCAGUUCCGCCGGUAUCCGCAAAGUCGUUCCGGUGUCUCCGUCUCUCGCCGAGUUUUUCGGUGCUCCUGAAGUUUCUCGAACUGAUGCAAUGAAAAAAGUUUGGGUCUACAUUAAGGAAAAUAACCUUCAGAACCCAUCUAACAAAAAAGAGAUCCUCUGUGAUGCGAAGCUAAAGACUAUUUUCAAUGGGAAAGACCAAGUUGGGUUCCUGGAGAUUGCAAAGCUGCUAUCACCACACUUUGUGAAGUCUGGUUGAUCUUGCUAUCAAAUCAAAAACUUGUUACAUGAUGUGAAUGUUAAUUUUGGAUUUAUUAGGAAACCCAUCUGCUCUCAUGGCUAUGCUUUUUGUUUCGGCGAUCUUUUGAAACAUGGCCUACAAAAUUUUAACUGAUGGCGCUUGUUAGUCA